GAAUCUGAGUACGAUGUAUUGUCAAUGUUAUAAUACAACGGCGCAGUACAAUGUCCGAACUACCAUCGUCACACACUAGGAACAGGCUCAGUCGCCUCGAAAAUCUACGACGGUAAGAUAACUUCUCAGAAGACAUGAUGUCAUCCCGGGGUUGGACGGGAUUACUGUGGUGGCUGUUGAUGUGUUACUAUUGUGAUGCACGGACGGACACGUGUAUCAUUGGGUGUGAGUGUGUUGGCACUACCAUAGAGUGCCAGAGUCUCGACCGGGAAUCAUUCCCGGCAAACCUCGACCCGGACACGGAAAUCCUACGCAUACGGGAAUCCAAGAUAUCGUAUAUUCAGCGAAAUGCUUUGGCCAAAAUGCCUCAUCUCCGAGUUCUGGAGAUAUCUUCGACAGACAUAAUUUACAUACAGACCUGUGCAUUUUCUGGAAUUUCAAACUUCACCUCUAUAAAGUUUUCGAAGAACAAUAUAACAAGUAUUGUUCAGAACGCUUUCGCUUUGGUUGCAGAUGUAGAGGAACUAGUGUUUGAGAACUCUAAGAUAGACACAAUUUCCACACAAGCCUUCACAAAAAUCAGAGAUGUAGGGACAUUCCGUCUCCGUAAUCUUACAGUCAACAAGCUUGAACGCGAAGCCAUAGAUGACGUCAGCGGCGUAUUGAAUUUACAUGUCGAUUUGAACAAGUUCGCUUACGUCGGACAAUCACCACUGAACAAGUUGGUGAACGUUACAUUGAACGUGAGCCAGAACAUCUUUCCAAGUCACUGUGGUGUAGGUGACAUUUACACAAACGUAGAUCGUGAGACAAACGUCAUCCUUUUCUUCCGGUUCAACGUCAUCAACUUGUGUGCGUGUAACAUGAGCCUACUUCGCUGGCAAACGUCGGCGGCAGUCACUCUGGACGAAAAUACAUGUUCGGGGCCACCGGAAAUAGCGGGGUCAUUUCUAAAUGAUCUAGCGGAUACCCCGUUUUGUCAAGUUGUAGGGGCCAACCGCACGACCCCGUUGUGGUGUCCAGUGACACGUCAGAUGCGCGUGCUUCAUAAUUGCCAUGCAUUCGGAUCCCCUCUGAUUCCACAGGAGGAGGUCAAGGACCCCAGAAUUGCAGAAGAUCGAGAUAGCAACAACGGGGUCGCAAACAUCGAGAGCAAUGUCUACUUAGUUUCAGUUGUACUUAGUUUCCUUUUCUAUCUGUACUGAUGGAAGUGAUGAAAUUAAUGUGUAUACCAAAAGGCAAAGAAUUAUGUACAUGUGUAUAAAAAAAUAUUCUAGCAUCACAGAAGCCGUCAUACAUAACUACUUAAUAUUUGGAGGCAUCAGAGUUGCUUUAUUAGAAGAACGAAAUUAAAUUAACUGCCCCCUGAUUGUGAUGGAAAUUUUCAUUUAUUUGGUGGUCCAUUUUUGUUUUGAUUGUAGAAGCAAUAACAAAUUUAGCAAUUUCUUCUUAUACUCAGAAUGUCAUGUUGUGUUUCCGUAGUUUAAAUAUGAAUUAAUUGCGCAAAGUAAUGUGUUGGGGUCUAUAUUUUAAUAGAUAAUCAUGUUUACAAAUAUAAAACAUGUAUUGAUAGAUACCUUAGGAGUGUCUCGAUACGGGUUGUUUAUUAGCUGCUGAGAAUGGCAUCAAUGGCGCCCAUAUGUAUGCUUGUUAUCGAUUGGUCAGGUAGCUCUAGGGAUGUGCGUCAUAUUCAGCAGUCAAUUAUUUUAAACAUCAAGAAGCCCCGAUGGCUAUAGCUUUUAAUAUACGUCCACUACUUACAAUCUUUGUGGGGUUUUUAAUCCCACUUAAGAAAGAUACGCCGGCGGUGUUUUUGGUAUUGUAUUUUUGUGUUGGCCUUCAUCGCGAUUCCACUUAGGCUAUCUGAUUAUACAGUUAUUGUUCUUAUGUAGGGAAAUACGAUUCCGUUUCUACAAGCUUAAUCGUGUUUCAAGAGUGCGAACCGUGAAACAUCCUUAACUUCGGUGAAACAAAUAUUAGUGUUUCACUACAGUAAGGGCAAUUAAUAUUUUAUUUUGCCGAAAAAAUAAUAAAACCAUGAAAAAAAAAGUGGAGAUUACCAGGUCGUCAACCAGGUAAUCUCCACUUUUUUUGUUGUUGUUGUCAACUGCUUCCGUCGUUCGGAAAUAUGUGUUCGUGGUUUCCGUCGAUGUUUGCUAGAGAGGCUCAGAACAAUGGAAAUAUGAUCGGGGAAAGUUGAGCGCGUGAGAGCGACAUGAUGUUUUAUUAUCCCGUUUUAUAACCAGUAUCAUCCAGCCAGAGACGCUGUUAUCCAGAUGAGGUAUGCAUGUAUAUAAUAAUAUACUAUGUUGCUCUGUAGUUACUCCAAUGUUUAUAAGAUAUAUCUAUUCAUAUGCUUGAAUGUCAUAAGAAUAUGAUUGUGGCCUUACUUGAAUAAAACUCAAAAUGUUACCA